AUGUCUCUUAGACAACGUCGAUCCGAUAAGCAAUCUGAAGAAUCAGAUGAUAAUAACACCCCCCUCUCUGGUGCCGCUGCAGAUGGAUCAUCAUCCAAGGCCACACGUGAAAUCAGUAGCUCCUCUUCUUCAUCUUCCUUAUCGAGCCGGGCACUGUCUGGGGCUCUGACCGGGACAGCCAACUUGGCAAAACUGCUUCCAACUGGAACCCUUCUGGCUUUGCAGAUUCUGAUUCCGGUGUUCACAAACAAAGGAGCUUGUGACUCCGUCACACGCAUCCUCACACUCGUACUCCUCAUCUUGCUAGCCUUCUCUUGCAUCCUCGCAUGUUUCACUGACACAGUCAAGUCAUUAGACGGAAGAAUCUACCAUGGCAUAGCAACCUUCAAGGGUCUCUGGCUAUUUGACUACUCACCGGUUGAUGGAAAAAAGUUACCAGAUUUGACAGAGUAUAAGAUUAGCACCAUAGACUUUGUUCAUGCCUUUUUAUCUGUACUUGUCUUCUUUGCAGUUGCGUUGAGUGAUCAGAAUGUGUUGCACUGUUUUUACCCGAAACCAGGAGAUGAAACAAAGGAGGUUCUGGAUAUCGUUCCUCUUGGAAUUGGAACUCUAUGCAGUUUGCUAUUUCUUGUAUUUCCAUCCACCAGGCAUGGAAUUGGCUACCCUCUUACAGCUGCACCCAAAUAG